AUGUCUGUAAAGUACAAAAUUGCGUCAUCAAGCACAGAGGAGGGAGAGGUCCAUGAAAACACCUUUCCAUAUACAAAAUCAUAUCUACAGUAUUGCUACUACCCACUAACAACCCAGUUUAUAGGAAAAAAUACGCUUCCGAACAUAAUGAACUACAAAAGUGAAGGAAUAUGCCAAAAACUCAAGAAAGAGAUAAAGGCGGACUAUCCGUAUAUUUCAUUUACACUCUUAGAUAACAGCAAGCCAUUUUUUGAUAAUAGGUUUACUUUUAUUUGCGACUUAACUGCACGUGAUAUUUCCGAAGACAGCAGUAAAACGAAUAGUAAAAGUUCGACCUUUAGGCUUGUCUCGUUGAAGCCUGAUUAUAAGGAAAUUAAGAAUCUUGGCAGAAGCCCAUCAAAUGAGAGUCGAUACGACAGGUUCUUUCAGAAAUUCUUCUUCAUGAAGGAAGAUAUCCAGUCUUUUGUUUUUAAAGACUGCCUGAGAAUAUUCGCGCUUGAGGACAGAGUCUUUGAGAAUUUAGAUAAUAAAAAUGCAUUUAUGUUUUUCAGGGUCUGUGACCAAGACUGUAUUGUUGGCGAAGAUCAGACAAGCAACAGAAUUGAAAGAAAGAUAAGAAAGUAUGCCUUUGAAGAUGUUUUCUAUAGCAGCGCGCAGUUCUAUGAGUAUCUGAACAUAUAUUCUGAAGCUCUCGUACGAAGCCAUUGCAGCGAAGAAAUAAAAACAUACAAUACUGAUGAUAGUGCAUUUAUUAUUUACUCCAGCACUUCUUUUAAGGAAGAUGGGCAGUUGAGGAGGAUGCAUAGCUCAUUUGACUCCAAGAAGAAUGUCAGAGUUAUUUUUAAUAAAGACGGGCCAGUAUUUUCAAGCAUUCAAGGAAAAGAGUGUGACAAUAUAAAAUAUCUUGUAGGUUUAGAUCUUCCAGAAGGAGACUACGUUGUUAAUGAUAAGAAGGUAUAUAAGAUAGGCACAGAUGGCAUACAUUUUGAAUAUAAAGGACUAUUGUACGAAGACUUCACUAAAAGCAUAUGGGAUUAUUAG